UGUUUAUCAGAAAAGUACUCUUUAUUUGAGUGCAAAAAAUGUUUCGAAAUCUGAAAACACUUCUCGUGACAAACAAUCGCCGAAUUAUGUCCACAACGAGUGGUCAGAAGCGGUUGGCGGACAAAGUGGCGAUCGUCACGGCCAGCACCGACGGCAUCGGUCUCGCGAUCGCCACCCGAUUGGCCGAAGACGGCGCGCGCGUUGUGGUCAGCAGUCGGAAGGAGGCGAACGUGGAGAAGACGGUGCGCUCUCUGCGCGCGAAGGGACUCCAAGUGACGGGCGUCGUGUGUCACGUGGGCAACCGGGAGCACCGCCAACGCCUCCUCCAGACAACUCUGCGCGAGUUCGGCCAAGUGGACGUGUUGGUGUCGAACGCCGCCGUCAACCCCGCGUUCGGCGCCUUCCUCGACGUGAGUCAUGACAAUCACGUGAUUCCUUCUAACGCUUUCUCUCUUUCAGACUUCGGAAGAGGAGUUCGAAAAAGUAAGAAAUCUCCGAAACCUCGCCCUCACACUCAUUGUUGCGUUCAGAUCCUUUCAGUGAACGUGACGUCAGCCUUCCUCUUGACCAAAGAGAUCGUUCCCGAGAUGCGCGCUUACGGGUCCAUUGUUUACAUCUCUUCCAUCGGCGCGUAUCAGCCCUUCCCUCUGAUUGGCGCGUACUCCGUGUCCAAAACGGCGCUUCUCGGCUUGACCAAGGCUGUGGCCAAUCAGUGCGCCGCCCUCUCCAUCCGCGCCAACUGCAUCUGUCCCGGAAUCAUUCGCACCAAGUUCUCGGACGCCUUGACCGGAAGUGAGGCCGCGAUGGAAGAGAUCGAGCGCGUGGUUCCGAUGCAGCGAAUCGGGGCGCCGGAGGACAUCGCGGGCAUUGUGGCCUUCUUGGCCUCAGACGACUCCCGAUAUCUGACCGGAGAGUCGAUUGUUGUCGCGGGCGGACACUAUUCGCGACUUUAGACACGAGAC